AUGCCAAUGCCAGCCCCGACCACCACACCGGCUCCGCAACUGCGACCUCGCGAUACCUCUGUACUCCCUCUGACUACAAUCUUCACGCCGCCCUCAUCGUGCCUCAACGCGCCCUUUACACUCGCAACGUCCAACUCCGGCCUCGUUGGCUUCUCCUCCGCCUGGCGCGACUCCAGCGAGACGUCUGCAAAAUGCUAUCCUUCCUCCUUCUCCCCGCUCCAAUACAACUGGUCAUGGUAUUCGCCCGGCGUGUGUCCGUCCGGAUGGCAGGUCGCUCAGUCGCAGGUCCUGAGUAAAGCAGGCGGUCAGUUGACCCAGGCGUGGUGCUGUCCGGCUACCAUGACGAUAUCUGGCGCAAGCAUCAGCGAUCUGAACUACCAGUACUGCACAUCUCUCGCAACGGACGAGGCAGUGCUGAGCUGGCAGAGCGGCUCAUAUGUCUCUGCCACCCUCUCGUCCAGUUUUUUAGCCCUCCAGUGGCCGCUUUCGGUCCAGUGGGCUUCAAGCGACCUGGCGUUUUUCAGACCAGCAUCAGCUCCGAUUCUGCAAGUGUCGGCUACUUCGGACGUGGUCUCGCUCGCCUCGAGUGCAGCUGUUGGGGCUGGUGUUACUUCAAAGCCAUCUGCACACACCUUAAUGACGACUGCAGCUGCACAACCAAGCAAAGAUCUGUCAACGGGAGCAAAAGCCGGGAUAGGCCUGGCCGCCGCGGUGGUCAUUGCUUGUGCAACCGCCGCACUGAUGUUCUGGCUGUUCAAGCGGCGACUGGCAAGGAAGCGGUCACUGGAUGCUGCAUCCCAGGGAAAGCCGCUCUACGUGGAUACCAAGGUCGAACUGCCACAUGAGGGGCACGAGAUACGGCCAGAGCGGCCUCCGGUUGAACUUGCAGCCUUGAACAGCUCGCCGCAGGAGAUGGACGCACACACGAAGCCAACUGAGAUACAUGGGGAAAAGGUGUCGUCGCCGCAGGAGUUGGAGGGAAAUUGGCAAGGCCAUGAGGCAGAAGGACAUCGGUGA